AUGGUGAAUGCAUACUUGCUGGGUCUGGCAAGUGUAGCAACCUUCUCUAUCGAAGGCGUCGAAGCCCAUUGGACCCCAGAACGGAAGGGGUACAAAGUCUGUGCUGAGAAAGGCAUCAAGCUGUAUGAAGCACGGACGGAUGGCCAUAUGUACCUAAAUAGUAAUGGAAAGACCAAAGCCAUUCUUGAAGUCAAACCCGUGGUGCGAGCCGAGUUACCCCGGGUCAUGAUGCAGGAAGUUGCUCAACUGGCGGCAUGGAUCCACGCCGAAAAGGACGUUAUACAGGAUGAAAACCUGGCGGAACAAUGGUUCCGUCGCUUGCUCUGGUCGAUGAAUCGACAUGAGCUCUAUAUAAUCAUUGCCGAGUAUAUUGGGGACUACGUCGACUAUUUGACGAAUCCACGACGCAAAGCGGAAGGCGAAUCUUUCAUGACGAUGAACCAGUUUGGCCCAUGGGACAUUAGAAGCUCCUCUCAGGUUGCUGAAUUUGCUGCCAUCUUAUUGGCAGUAACUUUACCGUUCAGUAAGAAUCUGCCCCUUAUCUGA